GCGCAGAGUUCCGCCAGUCAAACGUCUCCGCGGAAGUCGAGGAGGUCGCUGCCGACAUACUUGACUCGACGGCGUAGAGCAGACACGUUUCGAACGAGUCUAUCGUCCGCUCUGCCUCGCGCGAGCCGAGUCUCGGCCACUGACAAUCUACCCAACACUCUUGAGCGGACUAAGCACACAGGGACAGGUCAGUCUAUCCACGCUGCUCGCACCCUUUUGGCAGCGAGCUCAACCAGCUUGAGCAGUCGGUAGUCACCUCAUCCCGUGAUUGACGAUCAUGUCAAUAUAGGCAUAUCAUACCGCAUACCGCCGGACAGAAGCAUCCACCACCGCAGACCCGCCCUAUUCCCACGACAGCUAGGCAAUAGUCCACAGGCAGCUUGAUCCGAUCUACACUGCCACCACACAACCGCAUAAAGAUAGCGCCCUCUUUCGCACAGCAUGUCACAUUCACCGCCUGACGAGCCCAGAUCGAGCGAGUCUUCCGCCUCGUUCACCUCGAUCCCCCAAGCAGAUUCACCAGGAGAUGUAGACACACAGUAUCUCCAGAGCGCGCAGGCUCGCUACGCCCGGUGGACACAAGAAGAGCAAGCGAGCGCAUCUGCUGGCCUACCGCCGGGCGCAGCACUGCCGGCCUCCACCUCGCAGGCUUUUACCGCUGCCGCCAUCGCUCGGUCAAAAGAGCCAGCGAGCAAGACGCAAAGUCUAGCCAGCAAUAGCACCGAGGAAUCUGACGGUACAGCUUCACACGAAUAUCCUCCCUCGAGCUCGUCCGGAUCAGGUUCAGGAUCCUCAAACAGCGGCCCGACCACACGGCCGCAGCGUACGAGCAGGCUGUCCGGCCAGGCUGAUCCGUCACAACUCAGCGGUUCUCCUUCGUCCAGAAGCAGCCUGUCAGAUGCGCGAACGGGUAAUGGCAGACCCGGCGCAAGACCUCGUCCCGCAUCAGGAGCUGCCGGCUCGAGCUACAACAGGCCCAUGUCGACAGGCAAUACGCGACCUGAACACAACAAGCGCAGCAGUCUCGCUGGCUUCUUGCCAGCCUUUCAGCACAAUCCUCAGCGCAGCUCGGUAGCCUCGGCCACAUCGUCACGGGCCGGAGUCGCUCCUGCCAACGCCCUUGCACAGCUCUCAUCCGGUCAGCUAGGCGGAGAUUACUCGCGCUACAGCUUCGGUGCUGGCUCGUAUGUUCCCAGUGCGAAUCGCAUGCCCAAUUCGACGAGCUCGCCCAUGCUGAGCCCGCCACCGGGCUCAAACACGCAAGGCUCACUUUCGCCCUCGUCUUCGUCCUUCGCUGCUCAGAGCAAUGUCGAGACCUCGUCAAUCGAGCGCGCUGCUUCGCCUGGUCCUUCUGUCAGUGGCAGCACAAGCCCGCUCAUCACGACUUCGCAUGGUGGUACUCAGGCUGCUCAAGCAGCGGCUGCAGCUGCCGCAAUCUCAGCCUCGCCGCACUUCCUGCGCCAGUACCAUCAUCGUAACGAGUCUUCGUCAGCAACGAUUCCGAUAGAUGAUCAAGACUUUAUGCUGCCCGCUUUGCCCUAUGCUGAAGGUCGAAGUCGCAUGGCAAGCUUCGCAGGAGACUCUGUACAUUCCAGCGAGGGCUAUGGAAGCAAGCAUUGGGGCGCCAUGAGCAGCCACAGCCGACCGCAAAGCAUGGAUUCGACAACCAUGCGCAGCGUCAUCGGUGGCAUGCCAUCCAGACAAAGUAUGGCGGAUGUGCUCGCCCAAACUGCGACCACUGAUCGUCUUUUGUGGGAUCCUGCCAACGAAGAGGAGGAUGACUAUCUACAUCAUCCCACAAAAGAAGAUUACGCUAUUAGGUCAAAGAAGCUAGGCUCGCUGUACUCUGAUGGCGGCGCGAGCGGCUACUCGUCUACCAAGCUCCUACUCAGCUUACCGCCGGGUACGAUGGCCGAGAAAGAGGCCGAUGACGGUAAACAUUAUCAUGGUUUCUGGGGCACCAUCAGUCGUCGUGGUCUCAUCAACCUCAUCAGCAUUGUCUGCCUCAUCGGUGGGCUUCUUGCGCUCUUUUUGGGUUGGCCGCUUGCAGUCUAUGCCAACGGUGUCCCACUUGACUAUCUCGGUGGUUUCAAUGUCGGAGGCACGAACGCGACUGGCCAGGUGGCUUCUAUACCGCAGCUGCCUUCACUCAUCGAUCGCGACACUCCGAAAUCGGCGUACACCCGUACGGGUAUAGAUGGCGCAGACUAUAGUCUUGUCUUCAGCGACGAAUUUGAGCAAGACGGUCGCACUUUCUGGCCAGGCGAUGAUCCAUUCUGGGAAGCGAUGGACUUUAACUAUUAUGCUACAUACAAUCUCGAAUGGGAUGAUCCAGAUGCGAUAAUCACCAAGGACGGCAGUCUCCAGAUCACCAUGUCGCAGCAAGACCUGCACAACUUAGCGUAUCGCUCCGGCUUCCUUUCUUCCUGGAACAAAUUUUGCUUCACUGGUGGCUAUGUCGAAGUUUCCGUCUCUUUGCCUGGCAACUCGCACGUCUAUGGCUUCUGGCCCGCCGUCUGGAUGAUGGGGAACCUUGGUCGCGCUGGCUACGGAGCCACUAAUGACGGCGUCUGGCCAUACUCGUACAACGACUGUGGCGACACGACGUAUUACGGCACUCUGGCCCGACAACAUGAUGCCUCCGGUGUGCCUGCUGCUGCUCUGACGUCGGGCUCGCAAGACUACGGCGGCGUGCUAUCGUACCUGCCCGGGCAGAAAUUGUCUGCUUGCACGUGCUCGACAGCAAAUAUUCCCGACGAUCACCCAGGGCCGGCGGUCAACGUCGGCAGAGGAGCGCCUGAGAUUGAUAUCCUAGAAGCUCAGGUCGAUCCCUCCGGCGUUGGUUCUGCGUCUCAGUCGAUGUCUGUUGCGCCCUUCGAUGCUGCCUACAAUUGGAACAAUGUCACUGAUCUGCUGAUUGUCAACACGACCGGUACGGAACUCAACAAGUACAAGGGCUCAAUCACGCAAGAGUCUGCUUCGGCCGUCACGCUCCUCGAUGCGGUCUCUUACAAUGGCGUCAAAUAUCAAUCCUUUGGCGUCGAGUAUCAGCCAGGCUCGACAGCAGACUCUGGCAUCUCCUGGACGGUGGGAGGAGCGCAGACUUGGCGACUCGAAGCAUCUGCGAUGGGUCCGAAUGCAGAGACCAUGAUCGCCACUCGGCCGAUCUCACAAGAGCCCAUGUACAUCAUGAUCAACUUUGGCAUCUCGACCAAAUUCCAGGGUAUACCAGAGUACACUAAGCUCACAUUCCCGUCGACGAUGUAUAUCGAUUAUGUGCGAGUAUAUCAACGGACAGACAGCUAUAAUGUCGGUUGCGAUCCACCCGACUAUCCCACGACAGCAUACAUCAACAGCCAUCUUGAAGCCUACGACAACGUCAACAGGACGACCUGGGCACAGGCAGGCUAUACCAAGCCCGUCAAUAGCAGGAAUGGCGUAAGUCAUCGAUCUCACUCCGUACUCUCGCUCAUGUGUCUGACCUGCAGACCUGCUGAGACAUGCGCGAGCUACACGCGAUGGACAUUGAUACGGCACCUGUAUAUUCCGUUAUUGGCACUAAUGCAUGACCUCAAACUACAUUGA